AUGCUUAAAUUCUUCACAUGUAUUACACAGAAUUUAGUCUUUAUGUAUUAUCUGACAUCGAUUAUAUUUCUACUAUUUGGCUAUAAGAAUUUACACGCCUAUUUCUACGUGUCAACAUUUGCAUAUGAUAUGACUAUGAUGUCUAUUUAUUGGGCAGCAAAUUUCUAUGAUCAGACAAUGAUUACUAGUAUAGAAGAUUUGAAGUAUAUGCCAAUAUGGUUUAAUCAUUUUGCUCACACAUAUGGACUGCCAGCUUUAUUACUGGAUGCCUAUUUAUGCAUACCAAAGUGUGUUUCAUUUAAAAAGUCAAUGAUGGUUUCAUUUCCUCUUGGUAUGGCUUAUAAUAUCUAUGUUGAAACUGGAAUCCUUCUAUGGAAUACAAGCCCGUAUCCAGAAAUAUUGAAGUAUGGAUUUCCUUUACGAUAUAUAAGUUAUGUGAGCGUAUGGUUAAAUCUAA